GUUUAUCUCUGGAUAGUACCUAUUGAAAGAUCCUAUAAGAAACAUCAAAAAUCUGAAAAUCCCUAAAUGUGCCCGUUUCGAGCAUGUAUUUUUAGCAAUUUUGAUGAAAAAAUUGUAAAACCACUAAAAUACUUAUGAUAAACUAUCGAAUUUCGCCGGAGAACAGUGAAUUAAAUAAUAAUCUGCCAUGGGGAAAGUUAAAAAGCAACGUAAAGGAGACGAGAGCGAUUCUGAGGCUGAAGUCGAUACGCAAGAAUUAAUAGAUAAAGCCAACAGCAAAAAGGGCAAGGCUGGCAAGAACAAUGUCACUGAUGAAGUCAACCCUGAUAGUAAAAAAAGUAAAGGUAAAAAGGAGAAAAAGGUGCCAAAAAGCGACGAUGAGGACGUGGAGGUUGAAACAAGCGUAAGCAAAGUCCAAAAAUCAUUUGCUUUGCUGGAAGUUGAAGACAACAACAUUCCUGAUGAUUUAAACAAUGAAGAGGACAGUGAAAGUGAGGUUAAACCUGCUAAAAAAGACAGUAAGAAGAAAGGCAAGCAGGAUAGUGAUGAAAGGACUAAUGAAAAAGGGGGCAAAAAGGGAAAAAAAGCUAGAAGAAAACGUGAUGAAAGUGAUGAGGAUAUAGAGAAGGUUUUAGCUGAGUUAGAGAUGGAAUAUUCAGGUGUAAAGAAAGAAGGAGUAGUUGAAAAACAAGAAGAUGCUGAUGAACCUGCAGAAGAAAAGAAGAAAUCAAAAAAGAAGGAAAAAGUUAAGGAACCUGAAGAUCAAGAGGAGGUAGAUAAUGGGGAAGAUGGAGAGGAAGGUGUCACUUUAAAAACAGCUGCUCAAAAGAAAAAGGAGAAGAAGGAACGUGAGAAACAGAAAAAAAUGGCGGCGAAAAAAGAUGGUCCAAAAAAGCAGGACAGCAUAGAACAGGUUGCAGAAGAGCCGGCCGGUGAAGAAAAAGCGCAAGAAGGUGAUGGAGGAGAUGAAGUGGGUGAUAAGGAUGGUAAAAAGAAGAAGAAGAAGGGUGCCAAAGAUAAACUGGAGAAGGAAGAGAAAGAAGCAAAGAAGGGACCAGGCAAAAAAACGAUCGCUGCCAUGCAGGAAGCGUUAAAGAAAAUCAAGGAGGAGGAGGAGAAAGCAAAGCGCGAGGAGGAAGAGAGGAUAAAACGCGAAGAAGAAGCGGAGAAUGCGCGACUGGAGGCUUUAAGGCUGGAACAGGAACGCAAAGAGAAGAAGAAGCAAAAGGAGAAGGAGCGUAAAGAGCGCUUGAAAGCCGAAGGAAAAUUGUUGACUGCAAAACAAAAAGCUGAUAGGGCAAGAGCGCAGGCCAUGAUCGACAGUUUGAAGGCGCAGGGUGUGGAAUUGCCUGAUGUGGGAGAAAGAAAACCCAGACCUGGCACCAGGGUCAGGCCUUCCAAGAAGGAGAAGAAGGAACAAACCCCUGCAUCUGAAGAAGUAAGCAGAGAAGUGGAAGAAAAACCAGCUGCGGAAGAAGCAAAACCGGCAGAAGAAGCAGCGGUUGAAAAGACUGAAAGUGUUGCGGAAGCGGAAAAGGAAGAUAUCAAGGACGCCUGGGACGCUUCGUCGUCAGAGGAGGAAGAAGAAGAAUCGGAAGAAACUUCAGGUGGUGUGAAGGAAGCAGCGAAGAAGAAAGGCGAGGAAGAGGAAGAAAGCAGUUCAGGGGAAGAUGAAGAAGAAUCUGAGGACGACGACGAAGAAGAGUCGGAUGACGAAAGUGAAUCGGACGAGGACGAGGACGGGCGAACGCAGGCGGAAAAGGCGCGCGAUCGUGCUAUCGAGAGGAUUAAGAAACGAAAGGAGGAGGCGGAGAAGAAACGCACCGUCGACAAUCUACGUGCGGCGAUCGUUUGCGUUUUGGGUCACGUGGAUACGGGAAAAACGAAGAUUUUGGACAAAUUGAGGAGGACAAACGUGCAAGAUGGAGAAGCCGGCGGUAUUACGCAGCAAAUUGGUGCCACAAAUGUACCCAUUGAUGCCAUCAAGGAACAAAUCAAAAUUGUCAAGGGGGCAAACGAAAUGGAACUGCGCGUCCCUGGUCUGUUGAUCAUCGACACCCCCGGUCACGAGUCCUUCAGCAACUUGAGAAAUCGCGGUUCCUCCCUCUGCGACAUCGCCAUUCUGGUCGUCGACAUCAUGCACGGCUUGGAACCGCAAACCAUCGAGUCGAUCAACAUUUUAAAAUCGAAAAAAACACCCUUCAUCGUGGCCCUCAACAAAAUCGAUCGUCUGUACGACUGGCAAACGAUGGCCAGGAAAGACGUGCGCGACAUCCUCAAAGGCCAAGCGGCCAACACGCAACUGGAGUUCGAGCAGCGGACCAAGGAGGUGAUCGUGCAGUUCGCCGAGCAGGGUUUCAACGCUGCCUUGUUCUACGAGAACCCGGACAUGCGCUCGUACGUCUCCUUGGUGCCCACUAGCGCCAUCACGGGCGAAGGAAUGGGCAACCUGCUAGCGCUCAUCGUCGAGUUCUGCCAAACUAAACUGCCGAAAAGAUUGAUGUAUUCUGACGAGUUGCAAGCCACCGUGCUGGAAGUAAAGGCAAUUCCCGGUCUGGGUACCACAAUCGACGUGAUUUUAGUAAAUGGUACUUUAAGGGAAGGUGAUACGAUGCUUUGCGCCGGCUCAGACGGUCCCAUCGUCACCCAGAUUCGUUCCUUGCUCAUGCCUCAACCUAUGAAAGAACUUAGAGUCAAGAAUGCUUAUGUAGAAUACAGGGAAAUAAAGGCGGCGCAGGGCGUAAAAAUCGCCGCCAAGGAGCUGGAAAAAGCGAUCGCCGGUUUGAACUUGUUCGUGGCCAACAAACCCGACGAAAUCGACUUGAUUAAGGAGGAGGUGUCUAAAGAGCUGCGCUCUGCUCUUUCCAACAUAAAACUCGUCGACAGGGGCGUCUACGUUCAAGCUUCCACCCUCGGCUCCUUGGAGGCCCUCUUGGAGUUUCUUCGUACCAGCAAAAUACCGUACUGCGGUAUCAGAAUAGGACCGGUAGUAAAAAAGGACGUGAUGAAGGCGUCCAUUAUGUUGGAACACGAAAGCCAAUACGCAACGAUAUUGGCGUUCGACGUGAAAGUGGAACGCGACGCGCAAGAACUGGCAGACUCGUUGGGCGUGAAAAUUUUCCAGGCGGACAUCAUCUACCACCUGUUUGACAAAUUUAUGGCGUACCGCGAGGAACUGAAGACGCGGAAACGGGAAGAGUUCAAGCACGUGGCCGUGUUCCCGUGCAAAGUCCGUAUCCUCCCGCAAUUCGUCUUCAACAGCAGAGACCCCAUCGUCAUGGGGGUCAUGAUCGAGGCGGGCAUCCUCAAAGAGGGCACCCCCAUCUGCGUGCCAAGCAAAGAGUUUGUUGAAUUGGGGAUCGUCACAAGUAUCGAGAACAACCACAAACCGGUGGAGAACGCAAGAAAAGGCAUGGAAGUGUGCAUCAAAAUCGAGCCCGUGCCCGGAGAAUCUCCAAAAAUGUUCGGUCGUCACUUCGACGACACAGAUAUGCUCAUUAGCAAGAUUUCCCGUCAAUCCAUCGACGCUUGUAAAGACUACUUUAGAGACGACCUGUUGAAAACCGACUGGCAAUUGAUGGUGGAACUUAAAAAACUCUUCCAAAUUUUAUAAACCAAGUCACUUAGUCAGUCAGUCAGCUAUUUUAUUUUAAAUAGAAAACAACUAUUUUUUUAUCGAUGAUCAAAGAAGAGGAAGAAGAAUGGUGUUUUUGCCGAAAAUGUAUGUAAUUGAAAAAUCCAUCCGAUUGAUACUUUAUUGUUUUUUCAACAACACCUGUCAAACUGCUUGAUAUGAUUAUAUGAUGUGUUAAUGAUGUUUUUUAUUUUAUUCUACAAUAUAUUUUAAUUUUUAAAACAGUUGUGGGUUUCUCUAUAUAUAAAUUAGGAAAUAAAUGUAUAUUUAUAUUUUAAAAAUCGUAAUAAAUCUCUUUAAAUG